AUGGCCGCCCCGGCGCCCCUCGGCCCCUCGGGCUCCCGCGGUCCUCGGCCGGCCGCCGGCUUCCGGCUGCUCCCGCUGCUGGGGCUGCUGCAGCUCCUGGCCGAGCCGGGCCUGGGCCGCGUCCACCACCUGGCGCUCAAGGACGACGUGAGGCAUAAGGUCCACCUGAACACCUUCGGCUUCUUCAGGGAUGGGUACAUGGUGGUCAACGUCAGCAGCCUGUCCGUGAGCAAGCCCGACAAAGCCGCAGACGAGGACGCGUCGAUCGGGUUUAGCCUCGACCGCACGAAGAACGAUGGCUUCCCCGCCUACAUGGAUGAAGAUGUGAAUUACUGUAUUUUAAAGAAACAAUCUGUCUCUGACACCUUUCUAAUCCUAGACAUCUCCAGAAGUGAAGUGAAAAUAAGAUCCCCACCAGAAGCUGGUACCCAGUUACCGAAGAUCUUUGUGAACAAGGAUGAGAAAGUCCUUGGGCAGCGCCAGGAGUCCGGGGGUGGCCCCCCUGCUUCAGCACACAAUCAGACCCAGAAAAAGACAGGUGAUGAGAAGUCUAAAGGAAGCACAGUGGAUUCAAAGGCAAUGGGAGAGAAAUCCUUUUCUAUUCACAAUAGUAAUGGGGCAGUUUCAUUUCAGUUUUCUUUUAACAUCAGCACCGACGACCAGGAGGGGCUCUACAGCCUUUAUUUCCAUAACUGCCUCGGAAAUGAAAUUCGGUCCAGUGACAAGUUCUCGUUCAGCCUUGACAUUGACAUCAUGGAGAAGAACCCCGAUAGCUACCUCUCAGCAGGAGAAAUUCCUCUUCCUAAAUUGUACAUUUCGAUGGCCUUUUUCUUUUGCCUUUCUGGGACCAUCUGGAUUCACGUUCUUCGAAAACGACGGAAUGAUGUAUUUAAAAUCCACUGGUUGAUGGCGGCCCUACCUUUCACCAAGUCUCUCUCGUUGGUGUUCCAUGCGAUCGACUACCACUACAUCUCGUCCCAGGGCUUCCCCAUGGAGGGCUGGGCCGUCGUGUACUACAUCACUCACCUCUUGAAAGGGGCGCUGCUCUUUAUCACCAUCGCGCUCAUAGGCACUGGCUGGGCGUUCAUCAAGCACAUCCUUUCUGAUAAAGACAAGAAGAUCUUCAUGAUUGUCAUCCCGCUCCAGGUCCUGGCCAACGUGGCCUACAUCAUCAUAGAGUCCACUGAGGAGGGCACGACGGAGUACAGCUUGUGGAAGGAUUCCCUCUUCCUGGUUGACCUGCUGUGCUGCGGGGCCAUCCUCUUCCCUGUGGUGUGGUCCAUCAGACAUUUACAAGAAGCUUCAGCAACCGACGGAAAAGCUGCUAUUAACCUAGCAAAGCUGAAACUCUUCAGACAUUAUUACGUCUUGAUCGUGUGCUACAUAUACUUCACCAGGAUCAUCGCAUUUCUGCUCAAGCUGGCCGUCCCGUUCCAGUGGAAGUGGCUCUACCAGCUCCUGGACGAGAUGGCUACGCUGGUGUUCUUUGUCCUAACGGGGUAUAAGUUCCGCCCAGCUUCAGAUAACCCCUACCUCCAGCUCUCUCAGGAAGAUGACGACUUGGAAAUGGAGUCUGUAGUGACGACGUCAGGGGUGAUGGAGAAUAUGAAGAAAGUCAAGAAGGUGACCAACGGCUCGGUGGAGCCGCAGGGCGGCUGGGAAGGCACCGCGUGACGGGCGGCUCCGAGGACGGCACUGUCCAGGCCGACACUUAACUUAUUAAUAGUCCUACUGGUGAUGGAGCGCGGGUGGCACUUCCCGACAGUGACACCACCGGGCACAUGGCUGGGAGUGAAGUGCCACGGAAACCUAAUUUUUCACUCUCUCUUAUGGAAACUGGAUCUGUGGCUGGUUAGAGGCAGCUAGAAUUCUCCUUCAGCUGUGGAUGGCAGGGAGGAAGCAGGAGGAUAAAAGGAAGACUUUAAUUUAUAUUUCUUUUUUAUUUCCAUUGGGAGCUCUAAGGUGUCUGCGGUGACCCCAGGUGUGCGGCCGCGGAGACAGGGACUGGUGGGUGUCUGAAGCAGUCUCAGUGCAGGGUGCGCUUGCGGGGGGGCAGGUGUUGAGGGGGGUGAGGGGACUCACCAGGAAGGGACACGAGGGCAUGAAAUUCAGUUCAUUUAGGAAAAAAGUCACAGCCCAAUGGCAGCAUGCAAGGCGCCCUCGAGGUUCUCAGCCCUGCCUGUUGCCCCAGACCUCUGGCCCUGGCCCUGGACUGACUAGGACAUGGCGACUCUGGGGGCCCGGUGGCCUUGCUGUGCUCUGCGCCUGUGAUAUCCCCUUGAGGCCAGUCCCUGGCACACAGCACGGCCCAGCUGGAGGGAAGUGGGCACUAGGUCGCGGCAGGCUGUGUGGCCUGCUGGAUGUCCAGAAACACACGUGGAUGCUCAGAAGGCAUUCUGGCCCCCCGGCUAACUGGAGAGGCCCGUAUCUUGUUUCCUGGUCUCCUCCGGGCCUAUCUGCUUUGAUAUUCAUAAUAGGGGGCAGCAGAAGGAGUGUUCCUUGAAGAGCAGCUGGGGCAGGAGAGGUUCAAGGAGUUGUGCUUGUUGAAAGGCCUGUCGCCAGGUGGCCUUUCUAAAGAGAGGAAGGAGGCCAACCUUGCCCCGGGCUCCGGGAGUGUGGCUGUGAUGGGGCGGUGUGCUCUUGGGUUGGGGUCAGGGAGGUGUUGCGGAGCCCCAGAGACCUCUUUCCUGGUCUGGCCCAAGCCCGGGGAGUCGCCUGAGGUGGUCCGUCUUGCCGCUCUUGGCAGGUCAUUGGAGUUAAUGGGGCAAGCGCAGCAGGGCCCUUGUGACCAGGGUGGGCGAGGGCCGGCUGGGCUGUCCCGCUAUGGUUUUGGUGCCUGGGCCUGAGACAGGAGCCUGAGUGUGGCUGAGUCGGGACUUCCAGUGCCAGGUGAGGGGCUUGACCCCCGGCGCCCGCCUGGGCUUGUCAGCGAGCUGCACCUGCAGGGACGGGGCCUCCUGGGCGGUGGCAGUGGUGGUGUCUGGUGGUGGUUUCUUCCCUCUGGCUUGGAAGGGUCAGUCGGAAACCACAGGGUUAGUCGGAAACCACAGGAAACCCUCAAUAGCCUCGUUUGGGAACCUGAAGUGUCUCCCCUGAAAGCAGUUCUCCCUCUCCAUUGCCAUCUCGCUUGUCACCCCCCUGUGAGGAAGUGGCAUGCUCGAGCCCUCACCAGGCUUCUGCUGCCCAGGCCGGCUCUGAGCAGCGGUGCCAGAGUCAGCUGGCACUGGGGUCAACUGGCACCCGGGAGGUGUUGCUGCUCACCGCCCUGCAGACCUUGGAGGAAGGGUCGCUUUGCCGUCCCCUUUGCGGGAGCAGGAAAUGCACCCUAAGUAUUUCAAGUUGUGAGACAGGAGAAGGAAGUUGCAGGGGGGAUGAGACUGUUUUUAGGACUCUGUUUUCCUGCACACAAACCCCACCCCAGCACCGCAGAACUCCUCACGCUGAGGCCAGGCCACUGCCACGCUUCCCCCCUCCAGGGCUGCCCCACUGCACCCCACCAGCAGGUGUUCCUGGCAGGCCACAGAGGGCUGGGCAAGAGCAGGGGCAUGAUGAAGCCGCCCUCUGGAAAGGGUCUCCACGGAGCUGUCCUCAUUUUAACUGCUGGGAGCGGAGGAGUGGAGGAGGCAGGUGGGGCGGCCGCACCCUACCCGAGCUUUGCAGGUGGCAUGGGAGGCAGUCCUUCUCUGGGGGCCGAUUCUCCGUACCCUGCCCCCCAGCUCCUCUGGGCUCAGUCACCCAAUGCCCAACGGCUGGUGACUGAGCUUGGGCAGGCCUGAGCCUUCGGGAGCAGGGAUUAGAGCUAAAAGCCAGGCUGUCCUAACGAGGCCGUCUGGCGGGGGCUGCAGUCUGGCCGAUGAUGGAGAAACGUUAAGCCCCAGCCCAAGACUGAGAAAGCAAGUGCCAUUUGGGCUUUUAAAAAUCCUCGAAGCUCUCCAGCCCGUUCUGUCUGUGUCUCCACUUUCUGCACCACCUCCUUGCUAUGGCCAGCCCGUCGCUGUGCUGGUGAAUGACCAUGUCUUGUUGGGGUCCAUGGCCAAGUGGCCCCAGAGCUAACAAGCCCCUGGGUGCGAUGCAUCACCCCAGCCCAGGACUCCCUGAAUGCGGCCUCCAGAGCUGGGGCUGAGGGUGGGGUGCUGGCCUCCAGUGGCCGGCAGUGGUUAUAGCUGCGCUCCGGCUCCCCCUUAGGUGCCCCUUCCUGCUGGUUCAGGUGCCUUUGCUUUCUCCGAGGAGCCCACCAUGUGUGUGUUUUGCUAGAAAAUGACUUCUGGGACAAGAACAGCUGUUGAUCUUUUCAUCCUGGCUCUUCCAAACAGUGGCCAAAGACUCCGUCGGCCCACUUCUAGGUCCCUCGGUGCUGCCCAGUGUUCAGAGUGGGAGCUGUGUCCCGCUGAGUGUGACCCCUUCUGGGAGAGAGACGCUGCUAGUGUGAAAGCUGCUUUCUCAGGCCAGCGCCUGAGUUUCUUCCAAGAAACCACUUUAGAGUAAACUUCCCAGGCCUCCCCCAAGCCGUGUCCAGCGGCCCAGGCUGCUCGGCCUCAUCCUGAGCUCACUUCCGGUGCCUGUGGGGCGAGCUGUCCGCUCCCACAUUCUGAUCUGUCCACAGCCUGCCCUCCCCCGCGGCCCACACCCGUGAUCUCACGGGGCCGCAUCUGGGGGGCAGCGCGAGGCUGUGGUGCACUGCAGCUCUUGCUCCAGCCGCCCGGAGCGUGUGUGCCAAGCUGAGGAGAAUCUGCCCCAGUGCACAGUCGGGUGCUGGCGCUUGUUGCUCUGGCGGUGAGUGGCUUCCUCCCGGCGCUGCGUGAGGGCAGUGGUAGUGAGGCGCCUACGCUAAGGCUCUGGUUCUCACGGACCAGGAAGAGUGUAAAGAAGCUGGUUUAAUCACCACCUCCCCCAGCCUGUGGCAUUUCCUUCUGAGACUCUUAGGCCCUUAGACAGUCUGAUGACUGCCAGGCUGCACGCCCAGGACAGCCCUGCCUCCAGGCAGCUGAUACCCCAGGAGGCAGAUCCCGGCCCUCCACACCCCCACGCGCCACCCUGCCUUCUGACCUACCCGGAUCUUUGGACAAAUUCAGGAUCUGCUGAGUGUGGGAUGUCCGGGGCCCUGCUUUUUUUCCCCCUUUGUGGGCCAGUAAAUUCAUGGCUUCUGCACUAAAGAAGUUCAUUUGAUUCCUCUUGGUAUGUCAAAAGGUAGUUAUCUGGAAUAUUCUAAAUGGUCUAGAAGAUCUGCUCUUAAUCCAGUUUCCCUAGCGUGAUUUUGGCAGGAAGUGUCUAGAGAGACGACCCUGUAUUUUGGCAGGAAGUAUCUAGAGGACCCUCCCUUGGUUUCUGCUGGGCACAGGAGUGAUCCCAUGACUCACUGCGGGCCCGCACGGCCCCAGAGGCCGGGGAAGAAGGCUCUCUGCGGGCAUGGAGAUGAGCAGGUGGGGGUGAGCAGUGGGUCUGGAGUCUGACGGCUGGAAGGCUGGGGACAGAGGCGCCUGCACCAAGUCUGAGGUCACGUGAAACGGGAGCAGCCCCCUCCCGGGACGGUAGCUAGCGUGCAGGCAGGUUUGGGCCGCCAAGUCAGGCGGGCAGAGAGCCAGCCCUCUUCCCGCUCAAGAUGCUUUUACGAAAGGCUCCCCAAAUCCUGUCCUCAGAAUGGGUUUCUUGGCGCCUUAAGCAGCUUUUGCAGAUCAGAAAUGGGAUUUGACCUCAAAAGGACUCAGGCACAUUUGAUCCAGAAAUAAGUUUCCUUUGGGGACGAGGGUGCAGGUCUGUAAAUACUUGCUUUCCAAGUGAGGUGGGUGCAGAGAGAGUUGUCAGGAUUUGUCUCAACACUCACGGAGAGUGUCCUGUACCCUCGUUGCCAGUGGGGUCCGCGCAGGGUGAUACGGGGGUAGGGGACGCUCUUCUGCGGCGCAAACUGUAAAAUAAAGACUGUCCGGAAGCCUGUGCGUGUGGUCCUGGGCCGGGCCCGUGCCGGGUCUCCUGCUUGCCGUCGUCUUUUCCUUGUGGUUUUUGGUCAUUCAAUUAGUGAACUGCCUCCCACUUGCUCCCACGCCUUCUAGAGCGGCUCCCACACCACAGCAGAUGCGAGGCAGUUGCUGAGACUCAAACAGGGACUCCAGCCCCCGAGGCUGCACCUUUCCAAGGCCGUUCACCCGUGUUCCCCUCCGAGGGAGCGCC